AUGGCAAGCGAUCCCCGAGCCAAAGGAGCAGAGGAUCUACAAUUUGAAAAAUGCCUCGGCCGCGGAUAUUUCGGAGAGGUCUGGCAAGCACAGACCAAAAGCGAUCGCAAAGCUGUCGCUGUAAAGAAGGUCCGGCUGCAGCUGAUUCUGGAGAAUCAGUUGCUUGAUCAGCUGAAGCGCGAGAUCAAUAUCCUCUACUCUUUGCAGCAUCCGCGCAUCGUGAGGCUUUUCUUCCACUUUGAGGACAAGUACUUCGUGUAUUUGGGCAUGGAGUUCUGCAUUGGUGGAAGCUUAUUUGACAAGCUGCAAAAGUCGGAGAAGUUUUCCUGUCAACGUGCUGCAAACUACUUCCUGCAGACGUGUGAGGCGCUGGACUACUUGCACCACCUGCCGGACAAGGUGAUACAUCGGGACAUCAAGCCUGAGAACAUACUGCUUGAUGCCAACGAUUCCGCUAAGCUGGCGGAUUUCGGUUGGGCAAAUCUGUUGGAGCAGGACAAGCGGCGCACUUUCUGCGGCACGUUGGACUAUCUAGCUCCUGAGAUGAUUCGGGGUACUGGCCAUGACGAGAGUGUGGACAUGUGGACUAUGGGUGUUUUGCUUUAUGAGAUGCUAACUGGGCAGUCGCCGUUUGGAUCGCAAAGCAAGGAGACGACCUGCAAACGCAUUGUUCACGUGGAUCUCCUGUUCCCAUCAGAGAUGGAUCAGGACGGUCGGGACCUCAUAGCGAAGCUCUGCAGGAAGAACCCAGCUGAGCGCCUAAAAGUUCGAGAAGCCAUGGCCCACGAGUUCAUUGCAAGGUCUGGCGAUUCUUUCGCAGGUGACUCUGCAGCAGCCCGCGGUGGAUAUCCGCCAGGUCCUGAAAAAGGGAUCACUGCUGCAGGCGAUGAAGACCUUCCCCGACCAUCUGUGGUAGCCCGAAAGCUCCGAUCGGAAUGCGAGAAGCUGGGCGGUGAGAAGGAGCAUCUUAUGCAGGCGAUUCAGAACAUGGAGGAUCAAAUACAGAAGCAGAAAGAUCUUCUACGUGAUGCCGAGGCCCAGGAUUGCAUCAUGUUGCAUGUUUACAAAGUCUACGUCUUGUAA